GUCAACAUGGCGCCUCUCCGUUGCGAGCUCACCUGUCACCGCCGAGGAUGAGAGCAGCGACCGGGCAGAGAGACAACCGGGAGCGGCUGGAAUGACCGCCACUCUGCCGACCUGAGGACUCUGUGCCCCGGCAUGACGCUUCCGAGGGCUCUGCUGUCCGCUCACCGAAGAGGAGGAGCCGCAGCCGGCUUCGUUUCUGCCCCGCAGCGCUGACGAAAGAUACGGAGAGGAGAGUUACCGACAAGUUAUCGACAACAUGACCGGAAACCAGUGGGCUUUACCUUCAAAAUAGUAUGUAAUGUAACAAGUCCGAAAACCAGCAGGAUUACUUUCAAAAUAAAAGCUGUAAUAUAACAACAUGGAAAGCAGCGUUUUAACCAUCAGGAUAAAACCCGGGAGGACAACUGGACCUUCAAAAUAAAGGCUUAACAACUGUCGCGGAUGUUGGAGUGAAAUGGAAAGAAUCGAUGAUGAUUCCUCUUCACCAGUGACUGUUAACGAGCCCUCACUGUGUCAUCAUCAUCACCCCUCCUCUUCUGCUGAUGUCAUCACCCGGGGUCAUGCAGCCUGUCCAGGUGCUCGGCAGGUCACGUGCUCAGGAGAUGGCGAGGAGGUGGCGUCCAGCCCUCUGAUGCAGUGCGUGGUUCUUGCCACCUGUGCGUUCUGUUCCAGGUCAGACGACUGUCCACAAGGACCAAUCAGAUGGUGCUCUGACGUCAGGAUGACAGGUGAUGGUCAGGGGGCGGGGCCUGUGGUAAUGAACUGUUCACUUGGGUGCUCCAACAGUGUGGCGUCCUGCACCGAGGGGUCAAAGGUUAACCACUGUGAUUGUCCAUGUGAGGAUGGGGCUACCAGAGCCACCAACCUCCACCUGGAUGAGCCCACCUCAGAGGUAGACUUAAACCCUGUGACCCUCACCUCAGACUCUGACUCAGAGACACUGGAGGGGGAUUUGACCUCUGACCUACCUCAGGUCAUCUCUGAUGAUGACGCCUUCAUCACGGAGCCGCCGCUACCCGGCGAGCUCAAUCUUCCUGCCGUCACUGCUCUCUCCAGGAACACGUUUGAGUGCGCUCGCAGGCAGAGUGCUCCGGGUCAACUGGUGCAGGACGACAGGGGGUCAGAGUCUGAGCUGCAGUCCAGAAGGCCAGGCAUCAUCGAGUACUUCAGCAGCAGGAAGCAGCGCUCCAUCAGUCACAGUGUCGCCGGCUGGAAGUUGUUUGGGAAAGUUCCUCCUAAACAGAGUCCCUCCAAACAGGCGUGGCUCAUCCAGCAGGAGUUUGAGGCGCGGCAGGUCGCAGCCCGCAGCUCUCCUACCCAUAAUGCCUCGGGGCAGCAGAGCAGGGGGAAGGUGGAGUUCGAGCCGCUGUCAACCACAGCGCUGAUUCUGGAGGACCGACCACCGAAUCUUCCAGCCAAGUCAGCAGAGGAGACCCAGAGACACCGACAGCAGUACGAGCAGAUGGUGGCUGGAGCCAAGCGGAAAGAGCUGAAAGAGGCUCAAAAGAAGCAGCAGCAGAUGAAGCAGAGGGUCAGACAGGAGGAGGUGAUCUCCAGCGCCACGCUGGUCUGGAACCAGCACAUCCUGCCACAAUGGGACUCCAUGUACGACCACUCUGUGAGGUCGAGUCGUCGUGCCCGGGACCUGUGGUGGGCGGGUUUACCCCCCAGUGUGCGAGGACGAGUCUGGAACCUCGCCAUCAGCAACGAGCUCAACAUCACCGCAGAGCUGUAUGAAAUCUUCCUCUCCAGAGCGAAGCAGAAGUGGAGGAACCUCACUGAGACGCAGGCUGAUGGUGGAGCAUCACUGGCUGACGGAGAGUCCAGUCUGGAGCUGAUCACACGGGACAUUUCCAGAACCUUCCCCUCACUCUGCGUCUUCCAGAAGGGUGGUCCUUACCACGACCUGCUGCAAAACAUUCUUGGAGCUUACACCUGCUACAGACCUGAUGUGGGAUAUGUGCAGGGUAUGUCCUCCACGGCAGCCAUGUUGAUCUUGAACAUGGACGAGGUUGAAGCCUUCAUCAGCUUCUCCAACCUGAUCAACAGACCCUGUCAGUUGGCUUUUUACAGAGUGGACCACCAGCUGGUACACAGACAUGUUUGCCUUUCCAUCCUUAUGCUCAGAUAUUUCGGGGCCUUCCAGGUUUUUUUCGAGGAGACUCUUCCUCGUCUCUUCCUUCACUUCCAGUCUUCGGGUCUGACUCCUGACCUCUACCUCAUGGACUGGAUCCUGUCUCUCUACACGAAGCCCCUCCCUCUGGACGUGGCAUGCAGAAUUUGGGACGUUUUUUUCCGGGACGGGGAGGAGUUCCUGUUCAGGACAGCUCUGGGGAUCCUGAGGCUCUACCAGGACGUCCUACUGCACAUGGACCUCAUCAGCAUCGCUCAGUUCCUGUCCCGCCUCCCUGAUGAAGAGCUGCUCUCUGAUAGGUUGUUCUCCUGCAUCUCAGCCUCACCCAUGCUAAGUGGGAACAGGAAGUGGAGUCAGGUUUUGUCGUCGUACAAGGAAUCAGAGACAAGCAGCUGCUGAUCCACAGUGUGUUUUUAUUUGUUUUAUUUAAAAUGUGUCAUUGAAACUUCUGAACUCGCCUUCAUAUUCUGGGCUUUACAGGGUUAAUCUCAUCAAAAUGAUGUCAGAUGUCAGAAAAUUUAUUUUAAUUUAUUUUGUAUUUUUCUUUAAGAGUUUGUGUAAUAAAACAUUAAAAGUCAAACUGAGUUAAAGCUCUAGAAAAGCUCAUAUAGAUUAACUCUCAGUUAUGUUUACCUCUUACUUUACAGAUCCCAAACCUUCCUAUAAUUGUAAAUUCCUUGGAUAGGUUCUGGAAUGGACUCACUUGCACUUUCUUUGAAUUAAUAUUAAUUCAUAUCUAGAUGAACCUUUUAGUGGCGAACAGCUCAGCAUUCCGUGAAAAUUGUUUAUUUGUUAACACUGACGUGUUUAAUUAAAUAACAGACCUUUAA